AAAACAACCGAUGCUUCUAUGCUCAAAAAUGAACAUAUCUGAGAUUGUUUUCUAAAAUCUCCCUAAACAAAUGCUCUUUCAAAAAUCUUUAUACGCAUACUAAAAGGGAGCUGGAGAGUUGCAAUGGGAAGUCAAUACCACAUUCUGCUAAAGGUCAACAAAAGGCAGGAAGACGCUGUGAGAAAACUCUUCAAUAAAAAUAAAUGGACGUUCUCUUGCCAAGUUGUUGAAGAUGUAUUAGCAGGAACACUUUCUAAAACAACACUUACUGAUGCAGCUGAAACAGAAAGUAAACACACUGAACAAAGUGCAACCAGAGAUGUUGGGGCAGCUACAAAACCCUACAGAAGGUCUGCUAGGCAUAAAAAGGCGAAAAGAGACAAUAAUUUUGUUACUGAUAUCACUUUAAAAGACAUUGAACCUAGAAGAUCUGCUACUGCUGAAAUACAGGUAGCAGUCCCGGUGAAUUUUCCUGAAAGCUUGAUUGACAAUGACAUGGAUGAAUGCAAAGAAGAAAGUGAUGUAAAUGAUCAAUCGUUUGAACCAGGUGAUGAGGAGGAGGAGGAAGAUGAAGAUAUGGAAUCUGAGGAUGGCUGGCAAGAAAUCGAUGUUGGUUGGCAUAAAUCUCAGAAAGGAAAAAACAUCAAGAAGGAAAGUGAAAUAAAAAAGUCACACUCUUCAAUGAACUUGCCAACAGUCAUUGAUUCAGUGGAUAACCUCAUUUCAGACUUGGAAAAUUCAAUAGCUGUUGGACAGAAAGAUCAAGGUUUGCCUGUAGGAGGACAUUUGGAUGAGAGAGAUGGAACAUAUAAGGAAAUCUCAGUGGUUAUGAAGAACAAAACAUCACGUUAUACCAAAUUGAGACGAUUCAGUGAUCUCAAGAUUGAACAAAGUCCCGAGAAAUCUCCAAGAAGAAAACACCCUGUGCUCUUGAAUGAAGAUUUGCCGAUAAAAUGCUACUACUGUGAUAGCCGGUUUGCAUUUGAAAAAUAUCUGAAGAAACACGUCAACAGAGUUCAUCCAAAUAAAUUCAUAGGAAUGUUCUGCGAAUAUUGUUCUGCUAACUUCAAGAGGCGUCCAGAGCUGUAUGAUCAUAUAAAGACUGCACAUCCAGACAGGCGAGUCAAACGUCUUCAGUGCGAUCUCUGUGGAAAUGUCUUCCGAUCCAAAGGCUCAUAUGAUGAACAUAGAAAAACCGUUCACUCGAGCGACAGAUCAUUUACUUGUGAUAUAUGCAAUAAGUCCUACAAGUCGGAACGGGUUCUGAAAAUUCAUAAGCUUAGACACGGCCCUGCAAAUGAGAUUUGUCCAGUUUGUGGUAAGAGCUUCAGGUUGAGGUCGGAAGUAAAGCAUCACAUGCGUAGACAUCAGAAUGACCGACGGAUCCAGUGUGAGUCCUGUGAUAAAGUGUUUUAUCGGAACAGUGAGCUUAAAAACCAUCAGAGAAUUCACACGGGUGAAAAGCCAUUUAAAUGUGGCUUAUGUUCAUACGCUUCUACAAUAAAAGGUAAUUUAGAUAAGCAUUUGAAAGUCCAUACAAACAUGAAGACAGUUAAACAGCCAAUAAAGACUAAGAAGGAAAAUAGAGAACCUUCAUGUAUAGAUCUAUCAGAUAAACUUCUAGCCAAUAAUGGCUUAUCAGCAACAAAUGCGUCUCGACAGCAGAAGCAAGUAGUUGGUUCAGCAAAAGAUGUGGAAUGGUCAAAGCCCUGUAAUCUACUGGUACCAGAUGCAGGCAGUGAUGUUUGGCACAUUCCAUCUAUGAAUCCACAAGAGAGAGCUGCUGUUGAGACAAUACACCAGUGGCAGCUGAAAGGUAUAGAGCUCAUAAACGAUGGCCAGACAGUGUCAAUAUCCUCAUAUCCCAUACCGAGCACUGUGAAUAUAUCCCAGCGUGAGCCAAGUCCUGAGCCAGACGACGUUGAUCCGGAGACAUCUGUCUACACAACUAUGGAGCCUCCUAGCAACUUACAAACAUCAACAGUCACUAUCAACCCUUGUGACGUUCUCGCCAGUGCGUCUGCUGCGGCUGGGAUCCAGGUUAUCUUCCCGGAUAACCAGCCUGAAGACGCUGAUACUGACAAGUCAGAUGACUUACAAAGACAGUGGGUAUUCAAAGAUGAUGAAAUUACGGACUACUCAAAACUUGCAUCUUUUCUACCAAAGCUUAAUGAAGGUGGUCUGCUUACAUUGACAGCAGUGAGCGAACCUCAACCAAAAUCAGUAGAAGGGAAUGUUAUGACAAUUCCUACAGUUGUCCAGCCUAUGUUUGCACAACUGAAGCCAGAAGAGCAGGAAGCAAAGCAGGAGGGUGUGAGUGUCAGUUGGUCCGGGGGGUCUGGACAUAGCGUUACAGCCCAGCCCAUUGUGACUCAGUGUUCCUCAGGAUCUAUUAUUAUACAGGGAUAUCAUGGGAAUUUCUUUUGAAAAUGAUAUGGAAUAGUAUUGAUAAAGCUAUUUGUCUCCUUACCAAUUAAUAUAUUAUGUCUGAAUGUCUAAACCAUUGUGAAUCACCUUAAGUCAUUACCUAACUAAUGUCAUUUACCCAAGAUAGGUAAUUGUUCGUCAUUUCAUAAAAGAACUUUAUAAAAUCUCAAUUUUUAUAUUUUUAUUACUUUUAUGUUAUAUACCGGUACAUACUUUUAUUCUAUAAAAAAUAUUAUCUUUAAAUUUUACAACUAUAUCAACUAACAUUAAGAAAAGACUUAAUAUUAAGAUGUUUUAUAAAUAUCGCCUCUCGCUGCAUGUAUAUAAAUAUGUUUAUUUUAAACUUAUUUAUUUUGCAACGAUUAUAUGCAACUAGUUAUUACAACACAUACAUGUACUUUAAAAGUAAAUCCUCUUAUUUCUAUGCAAAUACAUGUAGCCAGAAAACAUCUAUUUGGCAACCAAUUGAUUACACUCAUUACCGGUAUGUGCAUAUUGCGUCAAAUACAGUUUCACAUUGUAAGAGCCUUAAAUGCCUUUUAUUUGUAAACAUAUAAUUUAAAUGGUUCAUAUGCUGGUGGAGUCAAGUGCUAACUUCAUUUUGCUUUGUUGCAUAAAGAACUCAGGAAAUAAUGCAAGAUGUUCACUUUGUCUUAAAGAGACAUAUUCUCAUUAGACAUAGACGUUAUUCAGAACUCAUUUGUACCAGGUUUUCUCACUAAGACAGCACAAGCCGUACAAUGAAAAACUACUAUAUGUUUAAUACAGGUUGAACAUGCUAGAAAACUUUUAUAAAUGUAUUCGGUGGGAUUGCAUUAAAUCAAUAGAACUUUCAUAAUACUACCUGCCAUUUCAUAAAAACAAUGUGUUUACGGUUUUAAUCAUGAAUUCAGUAAAAUACAAAUGUAGUAGAAUAUAAUUAUAGAAUGGAGUCAAUGGACUCUGGUUGGUUUGUACUGGGCCCCCACGCUAAAAUCCUGGAAAAAACUGCAAAAAUUGAGUUCCGAAUACCAACUGUUUGUAUUUAUGGUAUACUUUUUUAUGAAUAUUUUAUUUAUUUCUAAGAUAUUACCUUUUUGCAUAAAACAUCAAGUGCCAAAUUUAUUUGCAUAUCGUCUGAAUUUUUGCUUUAUAAAACUGGCUACUGCAGUGGACUCCAGUUCAAUUUCAAUGUACAUGUAUGCGUAUGUAACUAAACAUAUUAAAUACUAUGAGUUAAAGAGUUUUGAUUUGUUUUGCUGUUCUGAUCAUGCUUUAUGAUAUAUCUUUCUACUCGUAGUUUCAUACUCACAUUGUAAGACAUUUACACUUAUGAACCCUGAGAAUAGUUUGCGUAAUGUACAUGGUACUUUCAAAUAUUCAAGGUUUAAUAUAAUUUAUAUGUAAGAGAGUUUACAAGUAACAUCAAAUGCAAAAUUUGAUCAAUAUGUUUGUAGUUGCAGAUUUUUGUAAACAAUUCAGUGCUUUAACUUUUAAAGAUGUAUAGCAUUUACCAUGUGUUUGUUUAUAUGUAAGAGAGUUUACAAGUAACAUCAAAUGCAAAAUUUGAUCAAUAUGUUUGUAGUUGCAGAUUUUUGUAAACAAUUCAGUGCUUUAAAUUUUAAAGAUGUAUAGCAUUUACCAUGUGUUUGUCGAUAAAAAAGAUUGUUUUAAUAAAUUCGUUAAAUUUGCAUAAUUAUUGACUUUAAGCAGUGGGUAAGACCAGCAUGCAGUGUUUCGACAGCUUUUGUUUUUUGUCAAUAUUAUAUAUCGUUUCUUCAUGAUUUGAAUUACAAAUAUUUAGAUUGAAUUGUUUUCUGGUAAUUAUUUUAGCUUUGAAAUCAAUGAUAUGUUAUUAACAAAGAAUUAUGAAAAUUGUAGAUGUAUGGUCCCAGUAAAGUUAUUUUAUACUGCCCCUUGUUAGUGUAUACUUCUGAUAUUAUGAAUUGUGAUGAAAUAAAUGUGAAA